UAGCAUCCCGUGUGAUGGGAGAGCGGGCCAAAGCGCAUAUGUUUGAAACAAUCGAUCCUCGAUAUCGAUCGUACGGGUCCGAUCGCUCUGUUGAACGAAAUUCACACUAUGAAUCCCAUGUUGCUGACAGUUCAUCCUAGAACGUUAAUCCUUGGCAGUAUGAACGAAAGUCACCUGCUUGACACGCCCUUCCUCGGUGCACUCAUUGCCCGUAUGAAGAAUCUCCGCACGGUGUCUAUCACAUACUGCGACGUGGAAGGAUGGCCCUAUGUCAAUGUGUUUGCCACCCCUUCAAAGUUACAGAUCACCAGUCUCGAAAUCAGGCGUGUUCAAAUGACCUUUCGGGAAUUCAUGACCCUUCUCAGCUCUCCUUGCUUGACCCAUCUCAGGCUUAGUGCGCUCACCAUUGGGGAUUACCCUUCAUCAGAGGGGGAGCUUGGGAUAGACUUUACUUCCCCUGACUGCCGCUUUCCUCAGCCGCAAUCCGCUUUGCAACGCCCGAUACAGGACUUCCGCUUGGAUGUGAUCACAACAUCUGAUAUUGUGAUUAUGGACUUGAUCGCGACCUCGCGACACCCUAUCAUCGCUGAGGGCUCUAUGAUCAACGUCAGCUUCAGCAGCGAAUGGAGCCUUGAUGAACAUGUAUCCCGGUUCCAGCGGUUCCUCGACUGCAAGGCUGUGAAAUCCGCCCAAAAGCUACAUCUUGGUAGCCCAGACGAAUAUUUUUUCACCGAAGAAGACAGCAGCGAAUAUGACCCGCUGAUAUUCGACAGGUUCAAGACUGUUGAGUUACGCUCUGUUAUCCCGCGCCACUGGGAUGAAUACGAAACCGAGUUCCAGUGGUGGGCGAACUCGUUGAGUGCUGUUCGCGUCGGCUCCGCACUCAAGAAGUUGCGUUUGAUUGUCACCUUCAUCAGUUCCGAGAUGAGUGACCUCCCGGACGUGGCAUUGCCAGUGUGGCCAAAUUUAGAUGCCGCCCUUUGCGGCAGGAACCUGGCACUGGACCGUCUGGUCAUCGAUGUUUUCAGUAUGGGGCGCUUGACUGAGUGGAAGAAACCAAUCAUAAAAAAUUGGUUUUUCACUUGUCUUCCGAAGACAUACAAGAAAUAUUUCACCAAGGAGACGAAGAAUGCCUCUCUAAGGGUCCAUGAUAGUCUUGAAGACGAUGAUGAUGAUGAUUGAGUACACGAUAUGGACGAUGUUUAUGGAGUUACGAAAAUAUGUAAAGUCGAACAUGAGCGUUCAACGUUGAAAAAUGAAACUGAGGUUUGUAGCUGGAUGCAUUUCACCAUGUCGAGAGCCUGCUUGUAGAAAUGACUAC